AUGAUGCUGCGUAUCUUUUUGCUUUUAUUCAUUACAAUCAUUGCUUGUUCAACGUCGAAACGUGAAUAUGUAGUAAAAAAAGAUUUUCUUACUGGUGUGAAAGCUGGUGAAUUUUCGAUCUACGAUCAAACCGGUAAAAAUCUUCAGUAUCGAGUUGAAUCUCGUUAUAAUGCUCUACAUUCUGUCGAGCUUGUUGCCUAUCCAUCAAAACAAGUUAUUGCUCGACUUAAAAAUCAAAUCACACUUUUAUUAUACAAAGGUACAUUAGAAAUAUUAGAUGCUAAAUCAAACAAAUGGAUUACCGGUACAAUAAAUCAAAAAUUGAAAAUACUCAAUCAUAAAUCUGUGAUCGAUUGGAAUGGAAGACGAUUGGUAAUGAAACAUAGCAUCCCUUCAUUUACAACACGAUUCUUUGAUGAAGCACAACGAAAUCGACUUGUGGCCGAAUAUCGAAUACACGUGGUAUCAUCAAUGGUGACCAACAAAUAUACAAUGAAAAUCUUCACUGACGAAAUACCCGAUGCACUGUUUUUACUCUGUCUUACCGUUCGAGAUCAUAUUGUUGCUUCAAAAAAAUCUUAA